AUGGGAACCCACCUCAGCGCGCUUGUCACAGCCCUGCAGACGCCCCAGCCCGACAAGGAGAAAAAACACAACGUUCAGAGGGCCCGACCAGAACUCGAGCGAGAGCAGCAGCUGCACCAGUCGGCAGUUGCAGCCAGGAAGGCCCAGGAGGCCCUCGACAAAGCUAUCAUUUUCGAAAAGGAGUGCAAGGAGUGGCUGCACAAGGUAUCCGCGGACCUCCAGCAGAAGGUCCAGGCCGCUGCCGCCACGGCAGCCGCCCACCAGCGCCUGCUCCGCAGCAGCCUGGAGGCGCAGCCGACCUCACCACUCCAGCCAGCGGCCAUCAACCUCACUGCCAUCCUCGAGACCACGGAGCCUGAGGACCUGGGCAGGUUGGUCUGCUUCGAGGACGGCGACCUCUUCUCGUUCGGCGACCUGGAACUCGAGCAGGAGAAGAUCGAGCAAUGGAACCGCCACAAGUCAGAGCUGGCCGCCGAGGUCAGCAAACUCAUCGUCGCUGCAGUCGGUCCAUCCGCGCAGGGGCUGGCUCAGAGGAAGCAGGCGUUCGCCGAGUACCGCGCCCGCAAGGAGGCGACCCAGCCCAGCAGAGAGAGGCCGACGGGGGGCCUGGGGGCCAGCCUGACGGGGACGGCGCAGCGGCGGCUCGCGCCCCCGCCGCUGCGCCUGGCCCUGGGGCCCCCGCCCGCGUCCGCUGCGGCGUCGACCGCGGGCGACCCGUCAGGCGCAGCCCCCGAGCCAGCUCCCCCAGAGGCCUCGCCCGAGGACCUCGCCAAGACGCUGGCUGAUGCGCGCGCCAGGGCUUUUCGUUCGGUCAAGAGAGCUGGUGGUGUCAUCGCUGGAGUGAGGCGCCACAUCAAGAGCCACUCUUUCAAGGACCUCUGCCGCAUUGACGAACAGCAGGUGGGUGCUGGCCGCCUUGACGGCCUUCUCAAGGGCGGCGGCCCCAUCGAUUUCUGGGAUUUCGCGCCCGUGGCGGUCGAGCUCGCGGGAAGCAUGGACUUCAUAUUUGUCGCCCUCUAUCUCACGCCUGGGGAGAAGCUCAUGGGCGUCAACGCAGAGAAGCUCACGAACCUAGGGGCGUUCCUCAG